AUGGCGAUUCCUGAAGGAACACCUAACCUUAAGGUUCUAGGACCACAAUCCACAAAGAAAAUGGAGGCUCCUAUCAGCGAUGUCCGAGAUCCAAUAGACGCUACACAAUGGGAUUCUUCGACGUGGCACCGCCCCUCUGGAAAGUCCACACAUGAAUUUAUCCAUGAUGUCAUUCCCGGCGUCAAGCCAUGA